AUGAAGUCACUCAUUGAAACGAAGUCUAUAGUUCAAAUAGCAUAUGAUCUGAGAGACCCGGCGACAGGAGAGUGGCCUAGUGCUAUGGAUGUCUGGAGGGCAAUCUACCAAAAGGCCGAUGGAACAUGGUCUAUUCAGAAUGGUGAAGAAAUACUGAACAAUCUUCAUGCGGUAGCUGAAAUAGAUCAAGAAAAGAUCCCGGCUGCUCCGGUGCCAUUAGUUGAGCCCUUUGCAUUAGUACUUGGUAGGAAAAAAAAACCCAACUCACAUGGUGUUGGUGUAGCUGCAGUAAACCAAGGAGCUCAAGAAAGGUACAGACUUCAUGCCCAAGCUGAGACUGCUCGGCAGCAUGCUGAUAAUGCACAACAACAUGCUGCUGCUUUGGAACGACAAGUCCAAAGGCUGACUCAAGCAAAUAUGCAAUUACCUGAUGAGCUGGAGUCUCAACGUGAGGAGCUGGCCUCUCAAAGGAGGACUUUUGAAGCAUAG